AUGGUGUCAUUCUCCGGAGUGGCAGUCUGCCUGCUGGCGGCUGCCGGCCCGCUGGCGCAAGCACAGUUCCCGCCCAAGCCGGAGGGAGUCACCGUCUUGGAAUCGAAGUUUGGCAGCGGCGCUCGCAUCACUUACAAGGAGCCUGGUCUUUGUGAGACGACCGAGGGAGUUAAGUCCUACGCUGGAUAUGUCCAUCUCCCUCCAGGAACGCUCAGCGACUUUGGGGUCGAGCAAAACUACCCCAUCAACACCUUCUUCUGGUUCUUUGAGGCGAGAAAGGACCCCGAAAAUGCUCCUCUCGGAAUCUGGAUGAACGGUGGUCCCGGUAGCUCGUCGAUGUUCGGAAUGAUGACCGAGAACGGGCCUUGCUUUGUCAAUCCGGACUCUAAUUCGACUCGCCUCAACCCUCACUCCUGGAACAACGAAGACCAGCCGGUGCAGGUCGGUCUGUCCUACGACACCCUGUCAAAUUUCACCAGGAACCUGGUCACAGAUGAGAUCACCAAGCUGGAGCCUGGAGACCCAAUCCCUGAGCAGAAUGCUACCUUCCUGGUUGGCACAUAUGCUAGCCGCAAUAUGAACACCACUUCCCAGGGAACUAGGCAUGCUGCCAUGGCUCUCUGGCACUUUGCUCAGGUCUGGUUCCAGGAAUUCCCAGGCUACCACCCCAGGAACAACAAGAUCAGCAUUGCUACUGAAUCCUAUGGCGGCCGUUAUGGCCCUGCCUUUACUGCCUUCUUCGAGGAACAAAACCAGAAGAUUAAGAAUGGCACGUGGCAUGGAAGCAAGGGAACCAUGCAUGUGCUGCAUCUUGACACUCUCAUGAUCGUUAAUGGAUGCAUAGACCGUCUUGUCCAAUGGCCCGCAUACCCACAGAUGGCAUACAACAACACUUACGGCAUUGAAGCAGUCAACGCUAGUGUCCAUGAAGGGAUGCUGGAUGCCCUCUACCGCGACGGCGGCUGUCGUGACAAGAUCAACUAUUGCCGUGCUCUCUCUUCUGCCUCUGACCCAGAGAAUCUCGGCAUCAACUCAACCGUCAACGCUGUUUGCGAGGAUGCAGAGACAUUCUGCUCCACUGAAGUUCGAGAUCCCUACCUCGAAUUAUCCGGUCGCAACUACUAUGACAUUGGGCAGCUCGACCCCAGCCCGUUCCCCGCCCCCUUCUACAUGGCCUGGUUAAACCAGCCGCAUGUGCAGGCUGCAUUAGGUGUGCCACUCAACUGGACGCAGUCGAACAAUGUUGUAACCAGGGCGUUCCGCGCCAUUGGUGACUACCCACGACCAGGAUGGCUGGAGAACCUGGCUUAUCUGCUAGAGAACGGCAUCAAGGUCUCGCUUGUCUACGGAGACCGGGAUUAUGCGUGCAACUGGUUCGGUGGUGAGCUCUCGAGUCUGGGGAUCAACUAUACUGACACCCAGGAAUUCCACAAUGCGGGCUACGCGGGAAUACAGAUCAACAGCAGUUAUAUCGGUGGACAGGUGAGGCAGUAUGGCAACCUCUCCUUCGCUCGUGUCUACGAGGCUGGCCAUGAGGUGCCAUCCUACCAGCCCGAGACUGCACUACAGAUAUUCCACCGUGCCCUGUUCAACAAGGAUAUCGCCACCGGAACGAAGGACACAUCUUCACGCAUAGACGGGGGUAAGUUUUACGGCACAUCAGGCCCUGCGGACUCGUUUGUGUUCAAGAAUGAACCUCCACCACAACAUGUCCACUUCUGCCAUAUUCUGGACACUAGCACCUGCACCAAGGCACAGAUCGAGUCUGUUGAGAACGGUACUGCUGUAAUCCGUAGCUGGAUAAUUGUCGACUCUAACUCGACCUCCUUAUUCCCCGAGGUGGUUGGCUCGGGCGAGCCCACCCCCACCCCUAUGCCUGGAACUGCUGCAGCACUAUCUGUUCGCGGGUACGUAUAUACUGCAGCAUUCCUGGCUGUUCUUGUUGCUACUGCCAUGGAGUUGUUGCUGUAG